UUUAUUGUUUUUUUUUAAUCCCCCCUUUUCUUUCGGUCAGACCAUCCAGACCGUGGAAGAGAGAGCAACUCUCCAUUUCUCUCUUUCUGUCUUUCUCUCCCAUUCCAUCUGCUUCCAUCUCAGAAUUUGUAUUAUUCAUUCUAAAGCCAUAGUUGUUGACAUUGCUUUCCAGGUCCCUUUGGAAAUUUGUUUUAUCUACAGAUCCAUGCAUGCUUAUCUCUCCCUUCCUCUGUUUAGUUUGUGUGAAAAUCCCUUUUUUCCCAACAAUAUCUAUUUUGCUCUCUCUCUCCCUCCCCCCACCCCCCCACCCUUUCAGUAUUCAUCCAAGUGUACUUAUUCUGCUCUCUGAGUGUGUCUAAAUAUAUAUGUGCAUCGCGUUCUCUCAGCAUCCUUGCUGAAACGGUAACAACAGCAAUACAUUCCUAUCUAACAAGUUACUCAGGAAUUUGACCAACUGGAUUUUUUCCCUUCAGUGCUAAAAAAAAAACAAAACAUUUUUUGACCAUAUGGAUUUUGAAAUUGCUCUAAGGUUUGAUUGAUUUUGAUGUUUUUUUCCUGUAGUCCUGAACGGAAUUUGAAUUCACUUUGGAUCUUUCAUUGUUUUUCCACUUUUGCCUUUCAUUAUUUUCUUUUUUUUUCGGAUUAAAAAAAAAUAUUGGGUGUAAAGGAAUUGCCCCCAAUACAUCCCAUUUUUCUCAGUUGAGCUUUUUUUUGUGGAGUACCCAAACAUGGGAACCGUGUUUAGUCACAUUUACCACAGCUCCUGUGGAAGGAUGGGUGGCAAUUAACUUCUAUGGUGUAUUAAUUAUUUGAACGCUCAAUCGCAUUAAGAAACUGACUGCUGGGACACUACCUCUCAUAUCCCUGGGGUCACUAGACUUAAUAUUAAGCAAUAUAAGCACAACUAAAAUAAAAUUAUACUUAUCUCAGGUUUCAUUUUUAUUCUUAAGAUGAAAACUCCUAAAAAAGCAAUAUGCACUGAUACUUAAAUUACAGUGACUGGCAAAUACUUCCUACAAACCAAACAGGACCAGGAACUCCAAUACCUCCUAAAACUACAGUUAAAGUGGGGUGUUUCUGGAGUGGUUACCAUGGCAACAGUUCCUGGUUAUUCCCCAUCACUGUGGGUAAGGGUGUGCCACGCCCUCCCUCGAUUGGACCUCACCCUGCAGACCAGAGACAAUGUCUUCACUCCAGACAGCUGGGAAUAUCAGCAGACCCUACUGGUUCUCUCAAGCCUGUCGGCUAUUGCUCUUGUUCUCUCUCUCCUUGUCGUUCUCUCCUUCCUGAUUCACUACUGCUGCUGUCGCCGUGGUGAUGGAAGCUCGGGGUCAGAGGACGAGGAGGAGGACGACGAUGCCAGCGGUGGGCACGGAUAUGGCGGUCGAAAGGGGCGGGGCAUCUGCUGUGUCACCUGGGUCUCUGUGGCGGCAGUCACGCUCUGCUGUGUUGCCAUUGGCAUUGGUUUCUAUGGAAACAGCGAGGCCAACGAUGGGAUGUAUCAGCUGACCUCUUCGCUUCUCACAGCCAAUUACACGCUGACUUCUAUCGAUUUGCUGGUCUCUGACACCCUCACUGGGCUGCAGCUCUCCGUCUCCGGGCCGCUGACCUCACUGGAGGAGCUUUUCGGGAGCAACAUGCCCUUCGUGGUGUCCGCCCGCACCUGCAGACGCCUCUCGGAGGCGGUGGUGGCGCUCCUGUCCUCCCUGACUGUGGGGAGGCCCACGGAGCCCCUGCCCAGCAGCAGCGGAGGGAGCAACGGCAGCAGCAGCAGCGCCUCCUCCAUCCUCACUGCUGCUCCUCCCCCCAUCGCUCCUUCCCUCGUCCCUCCCUCCUCUCCCCUGCCCAGCCCUUUCUCUCCUGGCUGGGCCGCCAACACGCUGAUGGUCAACGAAGACUACAGGUGGCUGUCCUAUGUGCUCCUAUUGCUAUUGGACCUUGUUGUGUGCCUGUUUAUCCUGCUGGGACUAGCCAAGCAGGCACGAUGGCUCCUUAUUCUGAUGACGGUGCUGGCCUGGCUUGCUUUGUUCCUGAGCUGGGGCUCCUUGGGUUUGGAAACAGCCACUGUGGUGGCCCUCAGUGAUUUCUGUUUUGAUCCCAACACAUUUAUUCUCAACUCUACUCAUUUUACCACUGGAACAAGCACAGACAUACUGGAUUAUUACCUGACCUGCAGCCGAAGAAAGACCAGCCCUUUCCAGCAGCUGCUGACCCAGUCACAAAGGGCUCUUUCCAGUAUACACACACAUCUCUCCAGCCUUGAGAGAGAAGCACUCCCGCAGUUCCCUAAGGCAGAGAAGUCUCUCAGGGAGGUUCAGCAAAUUCUCAACGCGACAGAGGGAAACUUCCACCAGCUGGUGGCGUUACUUAACUGUCGAGGGCUCAAUAAGGACUAUAUAGACUCUCUGAAAGGCUUAUGCUAUGAUGGGAUGGAGGGAUUGCUCUAUCUCUCCCUCUACUCUUUCCUCUCUGCUCUGGCGUUCACAGCCAUCCUCUGUUCAUUGCCUGGGGCCUGGAGAAGUUUCCCCGGUGAUUCUGAAGAAUAUGAAGACUCAGACAGCGAGAGCGAGGACCCCUUCACUUCCCAUCAGGCACGUAGACAGACGGCCAUGGGCUCCCAGCGCGGGGCUCUGCCCGCCUUCUAUAGUUACCAGGGGGCCAGCUGGAAUCCCCCCUUUUCUAGCGCACCACCCCUCCCCAGGACUCCAAACGCUUCCUCCAAUGGCAACCCUGGUUAUGAGAGCCUGCCCUUGAUUGACAGGCAGUCCCCACCCCCCUCUUAUUCUCCCAGCAUGCUGACUGGCUACGGGGUCAGUCAAUCAAACCAAAACCCAGGCCACCCCAGGAACCUGUAUUCGCACUAAUUCUUUUUUUAUGUAUAGAAAAUAAAAAUAUAGCAGAUGUUUAGUUUUCAUAGAAAUGGACACUUUACAGAGAUGGAGGACUAAUUUAAAGAGAUGGAUUACUAAAGAUUAAAGAAAGUGAGUAAUGUCAUUACCAUUGGUCACUCAGAGCAAGGUCACGACAGACUGAAUUAAACGGGUAGCUUGAUUAAUUGAAGAAAAGUCAUAUUAUUAUCAGACAGGCAGUGUGGCAGAUGAUUAUGGGCCAAUUACCCAGCCACACUGCUGAAGUGUACUUUUUGAGUCCACCCCCCUGUCCUCUGUCAGUGUGAGCAUUGUGAGGUGGAAUGGUACUGGCAUUACUGUAGUUCUAUAUUUGUUAAUGUAUCACAAGAUUAUUUUCAUGUUUUUAUAUGUAGUGGAUGAACACAGACACAUAGCAGCAAUGACACAUUUUAAGUGUUAUGAAUAUGCAAUCUCCUCACUUGAUAACCUACAUUUUCAAUCUUUUUGUAGAUGGCAAUACAGCAUUAAUGUACAACUUCUGAUACCUGAGCAUUUCACUGUUUUUAAUACCAAUGGUGAUGAUUAAAAAAAACUGCUGCUCCCACUAAUAGCAUUCAAGUGCAGGAGACAGCCUACUCUCUCUCAGCAGGCAAGAAAGGGGAAGUACAACUCCAUGCAAUAACAACAGCAAGAACAAUGUGAUUACUGCAUAUAGAGAUAGCCACAAUGCUAGCAGUAACAAUAGAAAACAGAGCUGUGUAGUGUGUCUGUGUUUGUGAGAAGUCUCUAAAGGAUGUUCUGUAUAUAUUGUAUGUUGGAGGUUGUAUUGACCCUAUUUGCCUACAGACCUUGUUAAUCCUGGAACUGAGUUUAUAUGGUAUUAAUGCUCCUUUUGACUGGCAUCCUUUUUCACUCCAAAGUCUAAUGCAAAUAAAGAUUACUAAAGCUAA